AUGAUGGCUGAUGGGAAUGGAAAAGGUAUAUGGGAAUACUGCGAGUUUGCAAUCGUUCUGAGCUCAUCUCUACAAAGAUCUCGGGCACUUGACUUAAAAAAGGAUCUUGAACUGCAAGGUGCAACUGUUGCAGAUCCUGGUGCAAAGAUCGAUGUACAAAAUGUCACUCAUAUAAUCUCGGAAACUAUUGAUUUUCCUGAGUACGCCAGCGCAAGACAGCAUAUGAUUCCGGUAGUUAUACCAGACUGGAUUGCACAUUCUUUAAUGCGAAACAAAGAAGCAGCUAUCAGACCCUACACACCUGAUCCAGCCCUCAUAUUUUCUAGUGUUAGCAUAAGUUGUGCGGACAUACCCUCAGGUGACAAAGAUGCCAUUAUCGGUGCAGUCCUCUCAAUGGGAGGAGUUGAAACAAACGCGCUAACGAAGUUAACAACUCAUAUUUGCGCCCUUACCAUAGAACAUCCCAAGUGUCAACAGGCGAUUGAAAAGAAAUUGAAGUGCAAGAUUGUCUUACCACAUUGGUUUGAUGACUGCUUGAAACUUGGAAAACGUAUCGAUGAAGCACCAUAUCUUCUACCUGAUCCAGAAAUAUUUCGAAUGAGGCCAGAAGAUGAUGUUCCAAUGCCGCAAUGUGACAGUGUUAAAGGUGCAACUUCUCCCCGACCAGAUUCUCUUCUUAUACCAUAUGACUCACACAAAUUAUCCGCUCGUCAACUGUCUGUCUUCAAAGGGAAAAAAAUAAUGAUUUCCGAUGACCUUCAACUUGGUCAUCGCUCUAAGAAAGUUGUCGAAGAUCUUAUUAUUGGUGGCGGCGGAGAAAUUACUUACGCCGUGCAUGGAGCUGACAUCUUUAUCUGCCACUGGCGUGAUGGGAUAAACUACACACUGGCCUCAAGAGCCAGAAUCGACGUUGGGAACUUAUCAUGGCUGUACCAUCUAAUCGCACACAAUGAAUGGACUUCCCCUCUCAAGAGGUUACUUCAUUACCCUCUUCCACGAAAUGGGAUACCUGGCUUUGAAAAAUUCCGUAUCACUCUAUCUAAUUACGGUGGCGAAGCUCGCACCUACUUAGAGAAUUUAGUCAUUGCUGCAGGUGCUGAAUUCACCAAAAGCAUGAAACAAGACAAUACUCAUCUCAUAACUGCUCGCAAAUCCAGCGAGAAGUGUCAAGCUGCUCAAGAAUGGGGUAUCGAGAUGAUAAAUCAUCUAUGGAUCGAAGAAAGUUACGCAAAAUGUACAUUACAAAAGCUAACAGACUCUCGGUACACUCACUUUCCACCACGAACCAAUCUUGGCGAAAUUAUUGGACAGACAUUUUUUGAACUAGAUACUCUUGAGAAAAUUUACUUUCCUCGAGACCCAGAAUCAAGUAGUCCAGAGACGGAGACACCAAAGCAACAGUGUAAACAAACAAAAAGAAAGGACCAGGGCUCUAUUGUCCCAAUAACAAAUCUUUCUGAGACUGAGCCUAGCGGGACAGAAACACCAUUGCGGAAGAUUGCCGCAUCAGGACUAGCAUGCCGGAAUAGUAACUUCCCCCGUCUAAAGACACCGUCCAAUCGUAAGGUCGAGGGAGCUAGUAAUAACGACACGCCAUCUUCCACUGCUAGUCGGAAUGCAAAAGACAAGGCAAUGUCAAAGAUACACGGGCUAGCGUCAGAUAUAGCUUUGUAUGAAAAGGAAAAGAAGCGGAAGGGAAAUGUUUGGGGAGGUGAUCGUGCCGCAAGUAAGAUUGAGAAGCAAAACUUACCUGGCGAGAAUUCCAAUCCACCAGGUAAGGUUAAAGAGGCUGAAUAUACCGAGGAACAAGCACCACGGACGGCAAAACGAGCUAGAGUAGGACCUCCUCCCGUGGAAAUCCGUUUAAUUAUCACUGGAUAUAAGAAAUGGGUUCAAAAUCUCCCUAAAGAGAAUGCUGACACGAAAAAACUUCGACAGGCUGGGGUAUUGAUUACGUUAAAUACUUGGCAGUGUACACAUCUUGCAGCACCGUCCAUGGUGCGGACAAAGAAGUUCCUUUGCGCUUUGGCAUCUGCGCCGAUCAUUGUGUCUACAGAAUUUAUUGAUGCCUGUCUUCGAUUAAAUAGUAUACCUGACGUCAACGACUACCUGCUUAACGACGUGGAGAACGAAAGGAAAUUUGGCGUCAAAUUAAAGGAAGCUCUGGCGCGCGCGAAGGCCAAUAAACACGGCCUGCUCAAAGAUGUUCUUGUUUACUGCACUGAUACCGUACCUAACAAACCCGAAACCUACAAGGAUAUUGUCGAAGCAAACGGUGGCACUUUCAGCCUGUACCGCGGCCGCUCUCUGUUCAAGAAGACCAACCGUAAUGAUGACGAGAUCUCAGCUGAGCCUGUAUAUUUACUUUCUGGAACAAGCAAGGUGGAGAAAGACCUUUGGCCCAAAUUUAUCCAGAUGACGCGUGAUGGGAACAUGAUUCCCCGAAUUGUCGAGACAGAAUGGAUCUUAGAUACAGCCAUGUCACAGCAAAAUAAAUGGGAUAAGAAGUAUCUUUUAUACGAGGAUGACUAG